UGAUAGUGUAAAGUAGUGUUCAAAAGAUAGUUUCAUUCUUUUUGGCACGUCUGGGAUAAGGGUCAUGUAUAAAAUAGGACAGAAGGAGUAUCCGCCAUCUACGCCGCCAAAGCAAUAACCGCCACUACGUUAACCGUCACCAAUCCAACAGAUCCUCUGUACACAACGCCGUGCGAAACAGGUGCAGCGGCAGGAACGCCAGAGAUAGACGGAGACUGCGCGGGAGAAACCACCACGCCUCCAGACGGAGAUUUAGAAGGAGCGAUCAUAGAAGGCGGCGUCGAGCCGGGGAAUGUUCAACCGGAGACGGUGAGUGGGCGACGGGAGAGGGGGAAAUGGGAGACGCAGAAGGAACAUGCGCAGGAGGAGAGAGUGCGGGCUGAGGGGAAGGAGAUCGAGCGGUUACAAGUGAUGAAAUAAGCGAGAAAAAUAUGUUUGUUUUUGUUAAUAAAUGGAGAUAAAGUUACCAUGUAAAGAACAAUUUAUAAUCAAUGUAACGCGAGUUAAAUCCGGAAAAAGAUUGUGCUGCAAAUUGCAAUAAAACCCCGGCCGAUGAUUGUGAAGAUUAGGUUUCAGAAACAAAAAAACCCAACUCUCCCUUCCAAUUACAAAAUCAAAGCUCCCGUUUGAUCAAUCGAAUAAGAAAAAAGCAGGCAAAUCAAGAUGGUGUUGCAACAAUUAGGGGGGAGCAUCACGCGUGCUCUCCAGCAGAUGAGCAACGCCACAAUCAUCGACGAGAAAGUUCUUAAUGAAUGUCUUAAUGAAAUCACUCGCGCUCUUCUUCAGUCUGAUGUUCAAUUCAAGCUCGUUCGUGAUAUGCAGAACAAUAUCAAGAAGAUUGUCAAUCUCGAUCAUCUCGCUGCUGGUCAUAACAAGCGGAAUAUUAUUCACAAGGCUAUUUUUAAUGAGUUGUGUAAGAUAUUGGAUCCUGGGAAGCCGGCUUUUGCUCCGAAGAAAGGGAAGCCGAGUGUGGUUAUGUUUGUCGGUUUACAAGGUUCCGGAAAAACCACUACCUGUACAAAAUAUGCAUUUUAUCAUCAAAAGAAGGGCUGGAAACCAGCUUUAGUUUGUGCGGAUACAUUCAGAGCUGGUGCUUUUGACCAAUUGAAGCAGAAUGCUACCAAAGCUAAAAUUCCUUUCUAUGGAAGCUACAUGGAGUCGGAUCCUGUUAAAAUUGCAGUGGAAGGUGUAGAAAGAUUUAAAAAGGAAAAUUGUGAUCUUAUAAUUGUGGAUACCAGUGGACGCCACAAACAGGAAGCAGCUCUUUUUGAAGAGAUGCGGCAAGUUUCAGAAGCAAUGAAACCAGAUCUUGUAAUUUUUGUUAUGGAUAGCAGUAUUGGUCAAGCUGCUUUUGAUCAAGCGCAAGCAUUUAAACAAAGUGUUGCAGUUGGAGCUGUAAUUAUUACAAAGAUGGAUGGACAUGCAAAGGGAGGGGGUGCUCUUAGUGCAGUUGCAGCAACCAAAAGUCCAGUCAUAUUCAUUGGAACUGGAGAACAUAUGGAUGAGUUUGAAAUAUUUGAUGUUAAACCAUUUGUGAGCCGUCUUUUGGGCAUGGGUGAUUGGUCUGGAUUUAUGGACAAGAUUCAUGAAGUUGUUCCCAUGGAUCAGCAGCCUGAGCUUCUGCAGAAGCUUUCAGAAGGAAACUUUACCAUGAGGAUUAUGUAUGAGCAAUAUCAGAACAUACUUAAAAUGGGACCCAUUGGCCAGGUUUUUUCUAGGCUUCCUGGAUUUAGUGCGGAGUUGAUGCCAAAAGGCUGUGAGAAGGAAAGUCAGGCAAAGAUUAAACGCUACAUGUAUAUGAUGGACUCGAUGACUAACGAAGAGUUGGAUAGUACUAAUCCAAAGCUCAUGAAUGAAUCUCGAAUCAUGAGGAUAGCAAGAGGAUCUGGUCGUCAAGUAAGAGAUGUAAUGGAGAUGUUAGAGGAGUACAAACAAUUGGCCAAGAAGAUAUGGAGUCAGCUGAAGGGCCUUAAGAUUCCAAAGAAAGGAGAGAUGAGUGCAUUAUCAAGAAACAUGAAUGCGCAGCAUAUGAGCAAGGUCCUUCCUCCACAGAUGCUGAAGCAGAUUGGGGGUAUGGGUGGUUUACAGAAUUUGAUGAAACAAAUGGGUGGUAUGGGUGGUAUGCCUGGUGCGAAAGACAUGAUGGGUAUGUUUGGAGGUGGAGAGAACUGACAUCUCCCCUGUUUUUUGGUGCAACUGCAACUUGUCUUGCGCGGGUUGCUAUACUCUCUGUAAGCUGGAACCAAACAAAUCAAAUGCUAGAACAUAGCGGCCGUGUCUUUAAAAUUAAGUUAUUCUUUCUUGACGUACCUCUAGCUCAAAAUGCUUUUCAAACUUUCUCGGGUUAGUUUAGUUUAUUUAAGUCUUUUAUGCUAACAGUUCCUUUGGCUAGUUCUUUCGUGUCAUUCUUCGUUACUGUAACUUACCUUCACUUCCCCACCACAAUUAAGGAUCAUUAUCCUACUUGUGCUUGAGUCGUAGUAACAUAAAAUUGUGAAUGCUUCCAUUACUCAGGAUUAUAAUUUGUAUCUAAUUUCUAAAGAUUUCGUAUAUUGUAUCAGA